GGUCAACAGCCUGCGUCCGUCCGACCUGGCUAAUCCCUUACUGCGCGACCGAACGGAACCGAACAGUAGCUAGCUCUGUGGAUCCUCAGACAGUAGACUGUUGCUGCUGCUGCGGCCGUCGCCUCACUGGCUGCGAUCGAGCGGGCUCAUUUGACCGCAAGGAAAGCCGUCUGGGUUGAGGAUGCGGAAGGAACGGUGGAGCGCAGUGCCGGAUUGCAUGCAACAGUGGACGAGAGCAGAAUAUGUGCUUGCGGGCGCGAUGAUGAUGAGAGAAAGGGUGCAGAAGAGAGAGGACGAGGAGGAGACUGAAAUGGAUGGCAGGCUCCGCCGAACGGCUGCCCCAUCGGGAAGCAAACGGUGGGCACGGGCCCACAAUGGCAGAAGCGGCCGCUCCAAUCAGACCGCGAGAAAAGGCUGGUGGCAUACUCCGACCGCCCGAUAUUCAGAGGCAUGCAUCUCAACUGGCCCGAUUAUGGACGAGGUCAACUGUCGAGCACUCCCCUCCUGGGCGUUGUUGACAGGGCGCUGUUUCAACGUCGUGCGCCUGCAGGGGCGGUGCGCUUCACGUCGAGCAGAGAACGAUAGCUCUUGUCAAACGUAUUAUUGUCCAAGCACUGCUAUUUCAUCCGAAGGAAUAUUAAGCGCGCUUCAACAUGUGACCGAGCGUGCCGGACGCUCGCAAGCGCUCCAGGGCUGUCGCCUCGUACUAACGCAACGCCGAACACCUUGAUCGAGCAGAAGUUGGAACACAGUCGAAGAGCUCUGAACAUGAAGGAGCGUCAUAACCCGUGAAUCAUAGCCAGCUGAUCUAGUCCGCAGCAGACUGAUCGCGCGUCCGGCUCUUUCCAGGCAUGCCGUCUUCGCGGUGC